AUGGACACCACAGCCGAUCUGAACGACGACGACACAUUGUCCGCUCCAUCCAACUGUGCCUCAUCUGCUCCGACUCCGAUAACGUCAACCUCGAGUUCGUUGACCCCAGCCGCCACAUCUACUCAACCAUCCAAAGAGCAAAUAUUCCCCACUGACCUGCGGAACUACAUCCCGCUUGGUUUACUCAUUGCGUCCGGCCAACUACGUGAUUCUGGUGCUCCUGGAUGUUGGGAAGAAUUGGACCCUUCCCAAACAGAAAGCCUCACUAGCCUAAGCCCUCUUCUCCGAGACGCGGUCACCACUUUGCUGGAAGCAAGAUGGAUCCGCGUACAAUGGACUCCAUCUGCAUGCGAAUCCUCCAUUAUGAGGCUUUAUGUUGUCCCUCAUGACAUUGCCAGGCGAUCCAUCGACCGCAAUGUCAAAAAGGCGCGCGUUGCCCUGGCACACGUUGUGCAAGAGCUGGAUGUCUCUGCGGACGUGUGGGCCGGCCAUGUUUCCGAGGACUUACAGUUGGCGGGCAACAAAUUCGAUCCUUGGGCCACCGCCGAGGAUUCGUCGCUGUUCUAUUUGUUUAACACUCUUCCUUCGCCGGCCCCGGAUCCCGAAAAGGUGGAGGACCCGUAUGCGAGAACGGCCAUGCAGGACAUACUGGACCUGAGCAUCUCAGGCUUGAGAGCGACGCUCUAUCCGUUUCAAGCACGAUCAACUGCUCUGAUGCUUCAACGAGAGACUUCCCAAGAGCUUCAUCUCGAUCCACGCCUGGAGAUCCGCAAAGCACCAGAUGGACAAGAAUAUUACUACUGCCCCCGGGAUGUCGAGUUCUUCCGCAGUCCUCGUUGGUAUGAGAGCAACCGCUCAGGAAUUCUUGCUGAAGGUAUGGGCAGAGGUAAAACAAUCAUAGCCAUCAGCCUCAUACUUGCCACCAAGCAUCACCUCCCUAAGAUCCCACCAGAGUACCAGCCAGGGCCUCUAAUGCGAUCUGAGGUUGGCUCGCUAUUUCAGAUGGCGGCAGCAGCAACCGGUCGCCAUUCGGUUCCAUGGAGAGCAGCCAUGGCUCGCCAUGAAGAAGAGACUGGUGAAGAGCUGACCGAGUGCAUCAAAGCCCUUACUUACAAUCCUCCCCGCUACGAGAUUCCCGCCGAGCCCGUGCGCUUCAACCGCAGGACAAGCCUCCCACCUCCUCGAAAAAUGACCAUGUGUAGCGGGACAAUUGUGGUGGUCCCCAGGAACCUGCUUCACCAGUGGCAAUCGGAAUUACAGAAGCACGUGGAAGAAGACCAUCUGAAGGUUUUAGUGAUGGACAAUUCCCGGAUACCUCUCCCCCCGCCGCCAGAGCUGAUCACUUAUGACCUCGUCCUUUUCAGCCGGACUCGAUUCGAAGCUGAAUUCCGCGACGGCUCCAACGACCAAGGGUACCGCAUGUCUUACAGCGUUCCGCCUCCAUGCCAAUGUCCAUACAUCGGUGCCACAAGAACCAGAAACUGCACCUGCCUGAAACCUGAUGACCUUCACGACUCACCUCUGAAGCGACUGCAUUGGCUAAGAAUCAUGAUCGACGAAGGGCAUAAUUUCUCGUCGCCAACCUCAAACGCUGUUCUGGUUGCUCAGAAGUUGGUCAAGGCGGAGCGACGGUGGGUAAUUUCCGGUACUCCGGCCAAGGAUGAUCUGCUCGGGGUUGAAGUGGACCUCGCAUCGAACGAGUCACCCGGCAUGGGUGUUGAGAACGAUGCUCAAACACUGCGAGACACUGUCCUUCAGCAACGGAAAUGCUAUGGUGAUGAAGAUUCUCGCGGCACUGGGGCCUCAAAGAGUCUUGGGCAGCUUGCAACGCACUUCCUCCAGGUCAGGCCGUGGGCGGAGACGGCUUAUGAGGAACGCGCAGAUUGGAUGGACCAUGUGUAUAGGCAUACCGACAGGAACAAGCGCCGUACUUUCGACGCAUACUCACAAUGCAUGAAGAAGUCCUUGGAGCAACUCAUCAUCAAGACGCAACCCUUCGACGUUGAAAGGGACUUGAUAUUACCACCUCUUACUCACCGGGUAGUAAAGCUUGAGCCAAGUCUGUACGACAAGAUCUCCGCGAACCUUUUCGUCCUUGUCUUGACGGCGAACGCCGUCACCUCUGAAAGAACAGACAUCGACUACCUAUUCCAUCCCCGAAGCCAACAAGCUCGGAACCAACUCAUUACCAAUCUUCGUCAGAGCAAUUUCUUCUGGACGGGAUUCAGUCAAAAGGACAUCGGAAAUGCAAUUGAACAUGGAUGCAAAUACCUCGUAAAGGAGGAUGCCAAAUGCUCGGAUGAGGAUAGGAAGCUCUUGACAGCUUGUAUAGAGUUUGCCGAGCAGUUCGUCCUUACGUCGGAGAACUGGAAGGCCAUGAGCGCCACGCACGAGGUGGGCCUAUUUGUGAAGUCCUGGCCUGGCAACACCUCGCAUGCCUGGGCGCUCGGAAAAGACCCUCCGGAGCUCUACGGGGUUGCGCAGUUACUGCAGGCUCAGGCGCACAUCAAUGAAAGGCUAGGGGACGAUCCGAUGGAAGGGUUUGAGGGAGCUGGCGUUGCUGCCUCUAUGGACGCAUACCAAGCAGCUGAGAUGCACGACAGGAAAGCCGAUGCCGCCGAAGGAGAGGUGAAGAUGGGAUUGCCGUCUUCGAGUACGCAUGUGGAAGUCAACGUCUCCAAGCUUCACGCACCGUCGAAACAGCACGUGGCGACUCCGAAAACAGAUGGUGGGAAAGGCGGGAAGAAGGCAUCUGAUCCAGCAAAGAAGAGCUCAAAGAAAGCAAAGACAGAGAAGAAAGCUUCUGCUGACACGCCGCGAAAGCGUCCUAGAGACAGUGGCAUCGAUGUCACGAGCGACUCACCCCUGAGCAAGACGCAGAUCAUCGGGACUGUUUCGGCCAAGCUGACGUAUCUGCUCGGGCAAGUCAUGACAUACCAUAGAGACGAGAAGAUCCUCGUCUUCUACGACGGAGACAACGCAGCGUAUUACAUGGCUCAAUGCCUUGACCUGCUUGGGGUGGCCCACGAGAUCUACUCGAAGGGUAUCUCAAACGAACUCCGGUCCAAGUACAUUGUCAACUUCGACAAGGACCCGACGCUCAGAGUGCUCCUGAUGGACGUCCGGCUCGGAGCGCUGGGCCUCAACGUCAACAAGGCGUCGCGCGUCUACUUCAUCAACCCGGUCUGCCGGCCGAGCAUCGAGGCGCAGGCGGUGAAGCGUGCGCACCGUAUCGGCCAGACGAAGCCGGUUCACGUGGAGACGCUGAUCCUGAGCGGCACCGUCGAGGAGGCCAUGUUCGAGCGGUCCAAGGCCAUGACGCGCAACGAGCACAUGGAGGCGAAGACGCUGGAGGACGACCAGAAGAUCACCGACAUCAUCAAAGGCGCGCGGUUGAUGGCUGUGAGCCCGGAGGAGGCGGUGGGGGAGUAUCAGAUGGCGCCGCUGAGGAAACCCGAGCAGCUGUUCGGUAGGCCGGGUAGGGGCGCGUUGAGAAAGCUUGGAGGCUUUUCGCCGCCGUCGCCAAAGAGACGGAGGAAGGAUGGGCAGUCAUCACGGGUAGAGCGAGAUGGUGCGAAGAAGACGGUAGCUUCGCCAUCACAGGAGCGGCAGAGCAGGAUGGCGGUGGAGGGAGACGGCUUGACAAGGGCGUCGGCGCGCCCAAGCCUGUUUGGUGGAGGUGAUUGA